AUGUUGAUGGCUUUGCAGGAGUUAAGAGAGGCGGGAUUUGUGGAUGAAACAGUUCAGCUCCGAGAAGGAAUGCUCCCUGAUGAACGGAUCAAAAGCAUUGUUUCUUGCGAGGAUAAUUAUGAUGAGGACAGUGAUGAGAAUGAAGAUGAAGUUAUCAAGUUGAAACCAUGGUUAGAUCCAAAAGCUUUAGCAGAUGCUUUGAGUAAAUGGAGCCCUGAAGUUGUGUCAACUUUGGAAGAUGCAAAAUUCGUCUGGACUACUCGUUUGGUUUGUAAGAUCCUCAGAAACUUGAAAUCUCCUGAAACAGCUUGGGAUUUCUUCUGUUGGGCUGCUUAUCAGUCAGGAUUCACUCACGAUGUUUACACGGUACAGCGAAUGAUCUUCCAUGAGGAUAGAUUACUUUGUAGUUACAUAAACGAAUUCAACUUGAUGAUUAUGUAUUCAGCCCUCUUGCGAACUCUGACCAAUUGCAAGAGAGAUCCUGAUGCUUUGGAUGUGCUUGAAGAGAUGCUCAGUUGUGGGAUAUGCCCUGAUAGUCAAACAUUUUCUGCGUUGAUGUACCAUUUCGGGUUACAAGGAGAUGUCAAGACAGUGCAGAAACUAUUUAUGGCUGUGAGACAAAAUGGUGUUGCUGUAGAUGGUACAUGUACUAAGUACUGA